AUGGAAUCUGAGGUCCUUGAACGCAUACAAAAUAUGACACUUACAACAGACGAAGACGAGGUCAUGCCAAUCCGCCCAGUGAAGAGAGAAAAAGUAUUGGAAGAGUUCUCCCUAAGCCUCAUAGGAAAGUUUCUCACAACGAAGAAAAUUAAUAUACGCACAGCCAAGAAUUUACUACGAUCCAUGUGGAAGCUAGGGGAUGAUUUGAAGAUAAUUGAAGUGGGGGAAGGGCUAAUACAGUUCAAGUUUUCGAUGGAAAGCCAAUUGAUGUGGGUUUGGAAUAAUGGGCCAUGGUGUUUCGACAACCAUCUCUUGGCGCUCCGUAGAUGGGAGAAAGGAAUGUCAGUGAGGAACGUUACAUUCACAAAACAACCAUUUUGGAUCCAAGUGUGGGGACUGCCGUUCGACCUUAUUAAUGAAAAGGCGGGGAGCGAUAUAGGGCAGAGUCUCGGCAAGCUUGUGGAGGUGGACAGCAAAGCUUUCACUACGGAGCAAUCACGGUUUCUACGCAUACGGGUGGAAGUCCCUCUGCAUAAACCUCUCAGGCAUGGUGGGCCAGUAAUCAGUCCGGAAGGAGAGGAAACUCGAGUGGCUUUUCGGUAUGAGAGGCUAGUUGGGUGGUGCUUCAACUGUGGCCGAAUCGGUCACGAGCAAGGUGACUGUCUGGUACCUGUGAGUGCAGAAAACGCUGAACGUCCAUAUGGCGAGUGGCUUAAGGCUGGCUACCGGACAAGUAGCACAGAAUCACGAAAGGAACAACCUCAGCAACGUCGAACUCAAAGGGCGACAACUGUACCUCCUCCGACGUCCGAAACCGAUUUGUCCAUUGAACCCGAUACCGAAAAAUCGCCGAGUCAGCCCGAAAUGAACGAAAGCCCGAAAUUCACGGUCCAUGAUCACAGCUAG